GUGAAGUUUGCCCGUUCUCGCUGUUUCCUCGCGCCAGUUCAUGCGCUUCUCGAGGAUCUUGGCAUAGGGAGUUCUGCGGUGGUACGUCGUCAACCAAAGAUACAUCGGACGGAAAUAAAUACAGAACUCUCCGUACAGGUUCCGCACCUUGACGGUCCUGGUUCAUCAAUCAUUCACGGUCUCCUACUCAUCGUUCGACAUCUCACUCUUUUCAUCGUUGAACGCGUGGUCAAGGUCUCGCAUUACCGCCACGCCCCUCUCAACUCAACCAUGGGCACCCCCACUAUUGCACUAGCCGUCAUCUUCUCACUGCUCGCCAUCUGCCUCUUGGCAGGGGGAGUAGCGUUCGUGCUCCGGCGUCGAAACCGUCGGAAUGCGGAGAAGGGCUCUCGCAUCCGCGACGUGGAGGCCCCGCGAACAAGGCCUUUCAGUUCAUGGACUGUCGAACCCCAGCACCCUGCUUCGCGUAUCACUCCCUUUGGCACCCGAGACGCCUCCUUCCUGUAUGCUCAAGUUAUUCCAUUCGCAGCCACGCGCCCAGGGGAGAACAUGCGCGUAGCGAAACGCCGUGAAGAUGGCGUCUGGGAAUUCUACGAGGCGGACGCCGCGACCCUGUCAUCGCCCGCGUUGCAAGACCCGACGCUACCUCCGGCACGGCCUUCAUUGGCGCUGGAUCCAUUUGCCUCGCGACUCUCGCUUGCCGCGUCUCAUCUCACGCGUUCGACAACUUACCUCACCACAUCGGACAUGAUUCCAAGCCCUACGUCUUCGUCGUACACCUUUGCCGUCAAGAAAGACGAGAAAGAGGACCACUACGGGGGGUACUCCACCGCGCGCAUAGAGGACGGUCCUCCGCCCCCAGCGUACACGCGUACCCACGUAGGACCGGAUGGCGAUGCUUCCGCGGAUAGCCGCUCAUCCUGA